AGGGCGGGAGGGCCCGGGUUGUGCCGCGGGGGGCUCCCCGGCUCCCCUGCCCUUCCUCCCGCAGCGACUGACGAGCGAGGGGCCGGGGCGGGCGCCGCCCGGGGCUGCUGGCGCUGGGGGGGCUGGAGAGCGCCCAAGAUGGCGGCGGAGUCAUCACUUCUUUGCCACUCACGAAGCAGCUCCAGCUCUAAGCAAGGAGGAAGAUCUGAAACUGCUAAGCAGCCACUAAAGAAACCAAAGUUACCAGUGGGGAGGUUUGAUGAACCAGAAGAGUCCAGUAUGGAGAGGGAACCCCUGGAAAAAUUCCCGGAUGGAAUCAAUCCUACUACAAAAGAGAGGGGUGGACCCAGAGGGCCUGAACCUACACGUUUUGGAGACUGGGAAAGAAAAGGACGUUGUAUAGAUUUCUAAUAUUUAAAUGUCUGUAUUGCUAAUAAAAUAUUUGAGGUUGCUAAAAAAUAUAAUGUACAGAAAAAAAGUCUCACCUGGAUUUGUCGUGAAGCUUAUUGUUUCUGUCAUGCCACCACAUUCUGUCAUGUGAUGAAUUUUCUUAAUAAUGCAAUGUAAUUAAACACAGUGCUGCAGCUCAGAUUAUGGAGCUGUUAGUGGCUCAA